GAGAUUGCCGGCUUCGACCAUCUCCAGGUUUUGGCCCUGGACGGCAACGACAUCACCGGUAUCCCCGCCGCCAUCGGCGCGCUGGCGUCCAUGGAGCAGUGCUACCUCAGCAACAACUCGCUCGAGAGCGUCCCCCCCGAGCUCGGCGACUGCGUGUCCCUCGAGACCCUCUGGCUCAACGGCAACCAGCUCACGUCCAUCCCCAAGGAGCUCGCCAACCUCGUCGCGCUGGAGACCCUGGACCUCUCCGACAACCUGCUCGAGACCCUCCCCUCGGAGCUGGCAAACCUCGACCUGCUCGAGCAGCUGGACAUCUACAACAAC